AAAGAGGGUGGGGAGAAUUCAAUAGGGCACGCUGUCUCACUCUCUUCCCAGUCGAGAAAUCUUCCCAGUCGAGAAAUCUUUCAAACAUUCCGAGACGCAGGCAAAGUGCUGGCUUCCUUUGCGGAGAUUAAGAAUGUCGCACCUCCCCAGCCAACUUCAGGGAAAGCAAAAUUGAAAAGCAAAGGGACAGGACAUCAUGCUGAUUCACAGUUCCUUCUUGUUUGCCUGCACGGCUUUGGGAAGUCACAUCCUGGGAUAUGUCCUCGGUCAAGGGCCAAGCCGGUUGAAACUGGCCGUCCUCUCGGAAGACAGGCUGCAGAUGAAAUGGAGAGAAACGGAAGGGAACACCGACGGAUACAAGGUCCAAGUGAAGCCCAUGGCAGGUGACUCGGAACAGGAAGUCAUGCUCAAAACCAAAACGCCCAAAGCGACGGUGGGGGGGCUGAGCCCCACGAAGGAAUACACCCUGCACAUCUACGUGCUCGAGGGCUCCCAAGAAACCUUGUUUGCCAAAAGGAAAUUUGUGAUUCAGGAGCUGAAAAACAUCUUGCAGGCUAGAAAUAACCAAAAGAAUACGGCGACCGCUCCAGGAAAGAGCACCCCCCCUGUGAGAAAUACAGCAACCGAGCUCAUCCCAGAGGUGAAGGCAACGUCCCCCGCCCUGAGUGAAACCACCACACAGACAGCAAAAGACAGACCUGAGCGGAGAAGGCAGAAGGCAGCAGGAGCCAAGGGCCCGAGUGAAACCCUCCAAGGGAAACCAAACACUGAGUUCAGUGUGACAGAAACCCCGACAGCCCUGCAAACGACUCAGCGCAGCCCCGCAAAAUCCGAGCAAGGCGAUCUCGGCAAAGAAAAACACACAAAGGAAACUUUAAAGAGAGGCUCUCGGUUUCAGUGUGACACAGCCGCAGCGACUGAUAUCGUCCUGCUGGUGGACGGGUCCUGGAGUAUCGGACGCAACAACUUCAAGUUUGUCAGGGAGUUCCUGAGCGCCUUGGUAUCCCCUUUCAAUAUUGCCCGGGAUAAGAUAAGGAUCGGUUUGUCCCAGUAUAGCAGUGAUCCACGGACAGAGUGGAACCUGAACACCUAUGUCACAAGGGACGAGGUGUUAGAGGCGGUGAGGAACCUGCGAUAUAAAGGUGGCAACACUUUCACAGGCCUUGCUUUGUCCCAUGUCCUAGAACAAAAUCUGAAACCUGAAGCUGGCUCCAGGGCAGAUGCAGUUAAGCUGGUGAUCCUCUUGACUGAUGGAAAAUCACAGGAUGAUGUCAACCUGUCUGCCCAGACCUUGAAAAAUAUGGGCAUAGAACUAUUUGCCAUUGGGGUGAAGAACGCAGACGAGGCAGAGCUGAGGCAGGUGGCAUCAGAACCCCUGGAGCUCACUGUGUAUAAUGUGCUGGAUUUCCCCCUCCUCAGCUCGCUGGUCAGCAGGCUCACCUGGGUCUUGUGCACCAGGAUCAAAGAGAAGCUCAAGAGUGAAAACACAGGCAGUCCCGUGAAAAAUGUCUCAGUCACUACUGGUCCCCAUCUGAGCCCCACCAACCUUAUCAUAUCAGAGGUGACUUCCAGAAGCAUGCAGCUUACUUGGACCCCUCCGCUAAGACAGCCGAAGAAGUACAGAAUUGUAUAUUACCCCUCCAGGGGUGGAAUUCCCCAAGAGGUCGUUCUAGAUGGAUCUGCCUCCUCCACCCAGCUUGUCAACUUGACCUCGCACACAGAAUACCUGGUUUCGGUGUUUCCUAUUUAUGAAAAUGCCAUUGGAGAUGGGCUCAGAGGCAUGACCUCGACAUCUUUGUCACCACCCCUUUCCCUGAGAGCAUCCGAAGUGAGCCACAACAGCCUGAGACUGAGCUGGCAGCCAGCAAGUGGAGCUACGCAGUACCUGGUGCUCUGUUCAGCAGCCCCCAACGGAGCGGAGGAUGAUACCAAAGAGGUGAAAGUGGAACAGCCUGAGGUUCUGCUGGAUGGGCUGUCUCCCAGCACUGAGUACUCUAUAGCAGUGUACGCAAUGUCUGGGGAAGAGGCAAGUGAUCCGACCAGCAUCCAGGAAACCACCUUGGCCCUGAGCCCCCCCGGACACCUGAGUUUUUCUGAGAUCAGCCACGGGUCUGUCAAGGUCAGCUGGGAAGCAGCUUCACGUGCUGUGAGAGCUCACCGUGUGACCUACGUAUCCAGCAGAGGGAGCAAUGCGAGGGAGAUCCAAGUCCCCAGCAAUGCGUCAUCCACUGUGCUGAGACCUCUGUCCUCUCGCACCCAGUACUUCAUAAGUGUCAGCUCCGUUUAUGACGAAGGCAACUCCUUUCCGGUUACCGGCAACGUUACCACGUUAACGGUUCCGCCACCAAGUGCCCUGAAGGUGACCGAGCUCUCAGGAAACAACGUCCAGUUGCAAUGGGAAGCAGCCGCUGCCUCUGAUGUCCUUGUUUAUCAGAUUAAAUGGAAUGCAGUUGGAGAAGAGAGCUCCCAGGAGCUGUCCGUGGCUGGGAACCUGGCUGCUGCCAACCUGCCAGGGUUGAAAAAGAACACGGAAUACCAGAUAUCGAUCUGGGCGUAUUACAAGGAUGGCGCUCGGAGCGACACUGUUUCUAUUCUUCACAGAACCUCUUCCAAGAGCCCACCCACCAACCUCGUUAUAGACUCGGAGACCUCCACUAGCCUGCAGGUCCGCUGGAGACCCCCUGGCCGCCACCUACAAUACUACAGAGUAACCUAUGCCCCUGAAUCUGAUGAUCGCGCUCAGCAAACUAUAAUGGUUUCUGGUAAAAGCAGUGGAGUGACCCUGCAGUCGCUGCUUCCCAAUACAGCUUACAAGGUGAUGGUUUCUGCUGUCCAUGACGCAGGAGAGAGUGACUCUGUAUCCACUACUGGCCAAACUGCUUCUGCUUUGGCGAAACCACCCCCAACGCGCGGAUUUGCUCCUUUCAAAACAGAGGAUGCACACUGGUUUGCCGAGUUGAAAGAGGAGGGAAUGGGCAGCUCUUCCUGCCUUUUACAGUUGUCAGAUACUUGGAAAUUGGAACCCUGCUUGCCUGCUUGCCCCACUCUGAGCUCCACUGAAGGCUCUCUGCAAGGAUUUGAUAUGAUGGAGGCUUUUGGAUUGGUGGAAAAAGAAUAUGCCUCCAUUAAAGGAGUCGCUAUGGAACCAUAUGUGUUCAGUGGAACACGUACUUACACUCUCUUCAGAGAUAUUCAGCUCACCCGGAGAACAAGUGAAGUGCUUCUCUCUGGGAUCCCACCUGUGCAUACCAUCAGCAUCCUCCUUCGACUCCUCCCGGAGGCUCCCAAAGAGCCCUUUGCCGUGUGGCAGCUAACAGAUGUGAACUUCCAGCCACUCCUCGGCGUUAUACUUGACUCCAGUAAGAAAUCCUUGACCUAUUUCAAUCAUGACUACAAGGCUGAUUUGCAGGAAGUCACCUUUGACCAACAGGAAGUAAAGAAGAUAUUCUAUGGGAGCUUUCAUAAGGUGCAUGUAGCUGUGAGCCUUUUCAAAACCAAACUCUACUUGGACUGUAAGAAAAUAGCAGAGAAACCGACCAAUGCCAUGGGAAGCAUCUCCACUGCUGGCUUCAUCAUGCUAGGAAAACUGACAAGAACCAGAGGUCCCAGGAGUGGGUCAGCAGCUUUCCAGCUGCAGUCUUUACACAUCGUAUGCAGUGGCUCAUGGGCAGAGGAAGACAGAUGUUGUGAUCUCCCUGCAUUGAGAAACGAAGAGACCUGCCCUACCUUGACUCCUUCCUGUACCUGCACUUCAGGUAUCCCAGGCCUGCCAGGUCCUCCAGGCCCACCUGGAAGUCCUGGGAGAAGAGGCCCACAAGGGGAACAAGGGGAACCAGGGCUGAAGGGUGAGCCAGGCCCCCCCGGACAAGUCGGACCCGAGGGUCCUGGUGGACAACAAGGGUCCCCAGGCUCCCAAGGAAUCACCGUGCAGGGGCCAGUGGGCCCCCCUGGAAUUAAAGGGGAGAAAGGAGACACUGGAAUCCCAGGCAUGCAGGGUGUUCCUGGUGCCCAGGGAGCUCCCGGCAGAGAUGGUAUUCAGGGAGCAAAGGGGGUGAGAGGACUGGAAGGCACAGCAGGGCCUCCGGGGCCACCAGGACCCAGGGGUUUCCAAGGAAUAACGGGUUCCCGAGGCAGCAGUGGAGAGCGAGGACCGCCAGGGGAUGUCGGACCCACUGGUCUGCCUGGUCCAAAGGGGGAAAGGGGAGAGAAAGGUGAACCUCAAUCGCUGGCCACAAUUUACCAGCUGGUUAGCCAGGCUUGUGAGCGGAUGAUUCAGACUCAUGUCUUGAAAUUCGACUCAUUCAUCCAUGAACAUACAAGGAAGCCGGUUCCCAUGUGGGAGGACAUGUUGAAGCCAGGCGUACCCGGACCACCAGGUCUUCCGGGUACCGCUGGUACUAGAGGAGAAGAAGGAGAAGAUGGUAUCCCAGGACAGCAGGGCAAAGAUGGGUAUCCUGGUGAAAGAGGAAGUCCUGGACGCCAGGGUGAGAAAGGCCUGCCUGGAGCCAGUGAGGAAGGAAUCCAGGGACCCAGAGGACGAGCUGGCGCUCCAGGAGAACAAGUCAUAGGAAACCCAGGUCUGAAAGGUUCCCCUGGGAGCACCGGUCCUCCAGGUUUUCCUGGUGCCAGAGGCCAUCCCGGGGCACCCGGCUACCCAGGUGGUUGUGAUUUCUCUGGAUGCUACAGGGCAAGCACAAGAGAUUUCAUCCCAUGAUGAUUGAGGCAUGGGCUACCUUGGACAGGUCUCUGUCCCUUGGGAACUUCUGCACUAAAGUUCCAUCUGGCCAGAGCAUAAUUGCAACUUGGACACCAAAUACAAACUUUCUUCUCUGGCUGCACUGGAUUUUUGUAUGGAGGCAUAGAAUUCUAAGCAUAAAACAGUGCUCAUAAAACCAGACGGCAUGCACAUAAUACCUAGUCAUCCUCUCUCACCUAUAUUCCUAUGUUACUGUCUGAGCCAUUUCGCACUGGAUAACUGGUGUGUCUGAAUUGAAGUCGGAUGUCUCACAACAGGGGUAAAAAAUACAGUUGGAGGAAUUACAAGAGAGCUGACCCACAAGUAAUGAGAAUCAUAUGGGACAUGCUUAAAAACAGUCUGGAGCAAUGGCUCGUUUGUCCACCUGUGCUUUAUUUUUUCAGCCAUUAUUAUGGGUCACCAGUACCUGAGCAAAACCGUACAAGGUGCUGAAAGAUGCAAAUCCCUUCAGUGGGAAUCCUGCCAUGUUAUCUAUCAGGGGAGAAUAGAAUAAAAUCGUAUACUAUUGCUAUAGCUUCUGCCUCUAGAACAAUACUGAACUCUUCCUCAGUUUCAUUAUCAUUAGACGAGGGAAUCCCUUUUUCAGAGGAGUGAUGGAAGCCCAAGCGCCUAGUCUAGAUUCAUCCACCUCCAGCCUAGCAGCAGAAAAUAGAGCAGUUGUUCAUUGACAAAGGAUGAACUAUAUAACUCCUUGGACUUCUCCAUCUCUUCCUACUACAAGCAUAGGGACAGUUUUGCAUAGGUCUCACUUUUAGCAGUAUGAUACUAGAGGUAUUUGUUAUUGUAUCGCAUUCUACAAGUUGAACCUCCAUGGUCCGGCACCAUCAGGACCUGACCUACUCCAAACCAGGGAAUUUGCCGGAUCAGGGAGGUCAAUGCCAGCCUGAGAUUCUGCUGCCCCCUGGCUCCCUAGUUUGGCAAUGCUUCUGGCCUGAGCCUGCUGGUUUGUCCUGGGGAGUGCUUCCACUGGGUUGCUGAUGAUACCAGACCAGGGGUGUAGCCGGACUAGAGAAGUCUGGAUUGUAGAGGUUCAACCUAUAAUUGUACAUAUUGAUAUCAAAUGAUACUGGUACUGCAACAACUGAAUUGUAAUUGUUUGUUAUUUUAUAUUGUAACAGCUUCUAUUGGCUUUAGACCAGAGCCACACUGUAACAGCUUUCAAUAAUUGCUCCUAAACCUGGAUUAUUGACACAAAGGAGAGCAAAUUCUGUGAAUAAAAUGUCUCUGGGGUUUGAAA